AUGGCUUCACCUCACCUUUGGACACCUGCUCUUGAACCACGAACUAUUAUAAAUCCCUGGUAUAGACAUGCUAUAAUUAAUGAGACAAUCGCUUUGGACAGAGAAGAGGAAGAAUAUGAAGCACAGUUACAUUCGAUAAGAAUUAAAGAAAUUUUAGACACAUCAGAAGAAUUGUUACCUACAACACCUCCAGGAGAAUCUUCUAGGGCCAUGGAUGUUUCUGAAUUUGAAGUGUUGGGCACUGAAGGCACUGAAGAAGAUGGUCAAAAUUAUGAAUUUUAA